AUGAACAGACUCCCACCCGAGAUCCUCUUAGCCAUCCUCGAGUAUACGGUCGCGUCCCUCUACUCGAACAAGAACCGUCUUCUCGCCCUGCGCACCACAUGCAAGCUGUUCGACGAGGUCCUCAAACCCUACGCCCUCCGCACCCUCCAGCUCGAGUUUACGCGUCUGGAUAAGGUAGAGAGGGCGCUUAAACCGCCCGAUGACGAUGCCCUGCGUCGCGUGGGCCACAUGUGCCGUGCCCUGUAUCUUGACAUGAUGGUGGUCAGAGACGAAGGCGAGAUCGGAUACCUGGACCAGAUGUUCCGCCCCGUACGCACCAUGGACAGCUUCGUCGCCGACCUCCGGAAUCGCUAUUGCAUGAGCGAGUCCUCCUUUACCGAGAUCGACUAUCGCCGCCGCGUAGGCACCAUGCUCGAGCACACCCCAAAAGUUAGCGCCGUAAAGCUGACCCUGCCCUUGCAGCUCGUGUCCUCGGGCCAAUACGGCGCUGCCACCCUGAUACUGGGAAACAGCUUCGAGGCGCUGGCCCAGCGCCCGGAGGGUUCUGAGACCCUCAGGACCCUGGUGCUGGAGAACCUGUCGGACGGCUCGGUCUUGCAGCUCUGGAAUAACCCUCAGGACGUGAAGAACAUCAUCGAUGUCUUCCAGGACCUCCGCCACCUGUUCCUGUCCAUGCGGCGGCACGAGGAAGACCCGGGCCACAACAUCAACUUCCACAAACGCCUGUGGGAGAUGAUCUGCAAGGCGAAGAGGCUCGAGAGCCUCUGCCUCGUCGAUCUCGACGCGGACGAGAAGCCCCCCCGCAAGAUCAUUACCUCGUCUCAGCUGGAGCGGCCUCUCGAAGAGUGGCAGUUCUUGUGUGUACCGAUGAUGCGAAGCCCGUCGAGAUCCGUGCUGCCAAACCUGGCAUUCCUCGAGCUGCGCCAGGUCGAGGUCAUGGGCAAUGGCCUGGUGUCGACGCUCAAGUCCUUCCGGCACUCGCUGCGGGAGCUCCACCUCGACCACGUCUACCUCAAGACCGUAUACAGUGUCGACUCCCCGCAGGACGUCAACAACACGCUCUGGAUCGGCCUGCCCAACGUCCCCCCGCCGCGGAACCACCAGUGGGUGGCGACAUGCCUGCGCCAGAUCGGCAUGCGCCUGCGCGUCUGCGAGGCCGCCUACCUCGGCUACGACCAGUUCGUCAUGGACGAGGAGCCCGCCAACGACGCCAACUACGACCUCGCCGACCCGUGCGGGCUCGCGCGCACGCUCGAGGAGCGCUUCGUCGAGGUCGCCACCGGCGUCGAGCAGCCCCGCGGCGCCGACGGGUCGCCCGUCGCUUAUUGGACCGAUACGGGGGCGGACACGGAGUCGGAGACGGACGAGGACGGCGAGUCGGAGGCGCCGGCACCGGGCAGCCACGGCCCCGCGGAGGCGGGCUCGGCGUCGGCGUGGCAGCGCUCGAUCGACGGCCAGUUCCCGAACUGCAACCCGUUCACGCUCAACAUGCUCCACGUGUUCGCCGAGAGCGCGUACAACGGCAUCACGAUCCUGAACCGGCGGGCGCUGUGGGACGAGUACGAGGACGACUACGAUGAGUUCCUGGAGCUGUACGACCCCAUCCCCAUCCCCACCUUCCCCGACCGCUACACCGAGGAAGACCUGCAAGACGACCUCGACUACGGCGACGGCUACGGCUACGGCUACGGCUUUGACGAGUUCUUUUAG